AUGGCUGGCUUCGGCAGCAAGAGCUUGGCCCUGGUUUCCCUGCUGGGGCUCCUGGCGCUGCUCCUCUGCGGCACCUCCGAAGCUCAAAGCAACCAGGAUUGUUGCCUGUCUUACACCAAAGUGCGUCUGCCUCGGUGGGCCCUCAAGGGUUAUACUGAACAGCUCUCCAGUGAAGUCUGUGAUAUCCAUGCGAUCAUUUUCCACACCUACAGGGGGCUGAACGCCUGUGUAAAUCCUAAGGAAGGCUGGGUGAAGAAGCAUCUUCUUUUCCUGAGCCAUAAGCUCAAGAGGAUGUCAAUGUGA